CUAUCUUGGAUUUGCUCUGAGAUUUGAAAUCUUGAAUUUGCUGCUCUCUUUUUUGUUGUUUCUGCUCGAUGAUAUCAAACAAGAAAGCAUCUGCUUCUGCUUCUGCGGCAACAGCGAACGUCGUUGGAGGGAAGACGGCGAGAGCGUGUGACAGCUGUAUAAAGAAGAGGGCUAGAUGGUACUGUGCUGCUGACGAUGCUUUUCUAUGUCAAGCGUGCGACUCCUCCGUGCACUCAGCCAACCAGUUGGCUAGGAGACAUGAACGCGUCCGGUUGAAAACUGCGUCUUCGAUCAAGUCCACUACCAACUCCGGGAGUUGUGACAAAUCCGAAGUGCCAUCAUGGCACCGAGGGUUCACGAGGAAACCGCGGACACCGCGGGGGCAAGGCAAGUCUGCGGCUCCUCGGAACCGAUUUCCUCUUGUUCCGGAAGUCGGAGCGGACGACCUGUCGUAUGAGGAGAACGAGGAGGAGCAGCUUCUAUAUAGAGUUCCGAUAUACGAUCCCUUUGUUGCGGAGCUCUGCACUUCUCCUAAUUCCAACGCUGUUUCCAACGAUCUCAAUGGAAACGAAUCCAAAGCGGUUUCGAUGCCUAAUUACUAUGGUGUGGGAAAUAGAAACUCACCUUCAUCACAUGGAUUUGAUCUUCCGAGUGAUAUGGAUCUGGCAGAGUUUGCAGCUGAUGUUGAUAGCUUAUUGGGGAGAGGGCUCGAUGAUCAUGAGUGUUUUGGUAUGGAAGGGUUGGGAUUAACGGAUUGUCAUGAAAAGGAAUCCACGACUACGGAGGAGGGUACUACCGAAAGAGUGAAGGUUGAAGAUGAGGAAGAUGCUUAUAUGGCGUGCCAAGCUGAGACGGAGAUGGAUUUGAUGAGGGAGCCUUUUGUGUUGAACUUUGAAGACUACGACGACUCGCCUGCCUCCUGCGCCGAAGAUGAAGAGGAGGAGGAGGAGGAGGAUCAUAAACUGGGAGUGAGAAUGAGUCAUGGUGAGACGAAGAGUAGUUGUCAAGAGCAUAAAAGUUGCAAGAAGAGGAAGAUAUUUUUGAGGCUGGAUUACGAUGAGGUGAUUACCAAAUGGGAUAGCCAAAGUAAUGGAUCUCCGUUUGCAUUUGGAGAUCGGCCCGAUAUUGAUUACGACUGCCUACCUGACUUCAUGGGCACUGCAAGUGGAGCCGAGUUACUUCAUUACCCCUACGGAGAUUUGAACAGAGUAAUUGGGUUACAUCCGACAAUGACCGAUGGAGGGAGAGAGGCGAGGGUGUCAAGGUACAGAGAAAAGAGGAGGACGAGGCUGUUCUCGAAGAAAAUAAGAUACGAAGUCAGGAAACUGAAUGCUGAGAAGAGGCCGAGAAUGAAAGGUAGAUUUGUAAAGAGAGCUUCAUUUGCAGCUACAGGAUCUACAUUUCCUAUGCUUACUAAAUGAGUCAUGGAA